UUCCAUCAAACCACCCUUUUCAGGAUUUGCAAAGGGGCUCUCUUCUCCAAAUGUUACUGCAACGGGAUCAGAAGCAGACUUAGAGAUCUGCUCUAGACUUUCCUCUGGUUUAAAACUUUGUUUUACAAGCUAUCAGGACGAAUGAAAACUGAAGGAUCUAUAAGGAUUUGGGCACAUAAUGUUGGGAUGGAGUUGCAAGACUUUGGCUCAAGGAAAGACUAGAAAAUAUUCUUUAAACUUUCACCCGCUGGAUGCGCUUGUUCUCUUUCUUGGAUUAUUAUUGCUAUUGCUGAAUUCGCAGCGUUUGUUCUUCCUCGCUUUCUUGUGCGCUUCGUUUUCUUGUUUGGACUAUGGCCUCGGAUCUCAGAGUCCCAGGGGCCGGUAUUUUUGGAGAUUUACCCCCAAGUUAUACGCGUUCUCCGCCGGCUGCGAACUCGGAUCUGCUCCGGAGACCCAGUUACUGCCACGCUGCUUUCGCAUUAAAACAGAUUUCUAAGGGCAAGGCCGUGGGGCAGAAAGCCCCGUUGUGGAUUCGGGCGCGGUUCCAGGCUCUCCUCUUUUCUCUGGGUUGUCAGAUCCAGCGGCACUGCGGAAAGGUCCUUUUCAUCGGGCUGCUCGUGUUCGGUGCCUUGUCGGUGGGAUUGCGGGUAGCCGCCAUCGAGACGGACAUCGAGCAACUUUGGGUAGAAGCUGGUAGUCGAGUGAGUCGUGAGCUACGCUACACCAAGGAGAAGCAGGGGGAGGAGGCUGUGUUCACCUCUCAGAUGCUCAUCCAAACGUCCAAACAGGGAGACACCAACAUUCUUACCCAGGAGGCUUUGCUGCUGCACCUGGAGGCCGCGCUGGCUGCCAGCAAGGUUCAGGUGUCUCUGUACGGAAAGUCCUGGGAUCUCAAUAAAAUCUGCUACAAAUCUGGCGUCCCCAUCAUUGAGAAUGUCAUGAUUGAAAGGAUGAUUGACAAGCUGUUCCCCUGCAUGAUUGUCACUCCGCUGGACUGCUUCUGGGAGGGUGCCAAGCUCCAGGGGGGCUCGGCCUACCUGCCGGGGAUGCCUGACAUCCAGUGGAUGAACCUGGACCCGCUAAAGCUGAUGGAAGAGCUCAGCCAGUUCACUUCGCUGGAGGGCUUCCGGGAGAUGCUGGAGAAGGCCCAGGUGGGCCACGCCUACAUGAGCCGGCCGUGCCUGGACCCCAACGACCCCGACUGCCCCCAGAGCGCCCCCAACAGGGACAAGCGUGAGAGUCCAGACAUCGCCCGAGAGCUGCGAGGUGGCUGUCACGGCUUUUCCAAGAAGUUCAUGCACUGGCAGGAGGAGCUCAUCCUAGGCGGCAGGGCCAAGGACUCCCAGAAUGCUUUGCUGAGCGCCGAGGCCUUGCAGACCAUGUACCUCCUCAUGAGCCCCAAGCAACUGUACGAGCACUUUAAGGACGACUACGAGAUCCACGACAUCAACUGGAACCAGGAGAAAGCCACCGCCAUCCUGGAGUCCUGGCAGAGGAAGUUUGUGGAGGUUGUCCACCAGAGCAUACCCCAGAACUCCUCUCAGAGCAUCCACGCCUUCUCCACCACCACACUCAACGACAUCAUGAAGUCCUUCUCGGACGUCAGCGUCAUCCGCGUGGCCGGAGGGUACCUGCUGAUGCUGGCCUACGCCUGUGUGACCAUGCUGCGCUGGGACUGCACCAAGUCCCAGGGGGCCGUGGGCCUGGCGGGAGUGCUGCUGGUGGCGCUGUCCGUAGCAGCUGGCCUGGGCCUGUGCUCCCUGCUGGGCCUCUCCUUCAACGCGGCAACGACGCAGGUGCUCCCCUUCCUGGCUUUGGGUAUUGGUGUGGAUGACAUGUUCCUGCUGGCCCACUCCUUCACCGAGACCGGCUCCAACAUCCCUUUCAAGGAGCGGACCGGGGACUGCCUCCGGCGGACGGGCACCAGCGUGGCCCUCACCUCCAUCAACAACAUGAUCGCCUUCUUCAUGGCGGCCCUCGUGCCCAUCCCUGCCCUCCGGGCCUUCUCCCUGCAGGCUGCCAUAGUUGUGGUGUUCAACUUUGCCAUGGUGCUGCUGAUCUUUCCUGCUAUCCUGAGCUUGGACCUGCAUCGCAGAGAAGACAAGAGGCUGGACAUCCUGUGCUGUUUCUACAGCCCGUGCUCAUCCCGGAUCAUCCAGAUCCAGCCGCAGGAGUUCUCCGACGCCAACGACAACCACACCUUCCCCACGGCGUCGCCGUCCUACACCGGCCCCACCAUCACCACCAGCACCCAGAUCACCACCACCGUGCAAGCCUUCACCCAGUGCGACGCGGCCGGCCAGCACAUCGUCACCAUCCUCCCGCCCACCUCCCAGAUCUCCACCUCCCCUCCCUCCGUCCUGGUGCCCCCUCCCCCUGCGGGGCCGCCUGCUGCGGCUCCCCCCUCUUCCUCCUCCUCCUCCUCCUCCGCCACCUCCGAUCCCUACGGCUCCCAGCUCUUCGGCCCGUCCAGCUCCACGCGCGACCUCCUGGCCCAGGUGGACGAGACCAAGGAGGCGCGGGAGUGCGUGCCGCUGCCCUUCGUCCGCUGGAACCUGUCGGACUUCGCCCGGGAGAAGUAUGCCCCGCUCCUGCUCAAGCCUGAGACCAAGGCUGUGGUGGUGGUCCUCUUCGUGGCCCUGCUGGGCCUCAGCCUCUACGGCACCACCAUGGUCCACGACGGCCUCUACCUGACGGACAUCGUGCCCCGCGACACCAAGGAGUACGACUUCAUCUCGGCCCAGUUCCAGUACUUCUCCUUCUACAACAUGUACCUGGUGACGAUGGGCGGCUUUGACUACGCCCGGUCCCAGCGCCAGCUCCUGCAGCUGCACAAUGCCUUCAGUUCUGUCAAGUACGUUGUGCGGGACGGAGACCAGCGGUUACCGCGAAUGUGGCUGCACUACUUUCAGGAUUGGCUGAGAGGCCUGCAGGCUGCGUUUGAUGCCGAUUGGGCUGCGGGCCGGAUCACCGCGGACAGCUACCGCAACGGCACCGAGGAUGGCGUGCUGGCCUACAAAUUGCUCAUCCAGACUGGUGCCAAAAAGGACCCCUUCAACUACAGCCAGCUCACGACCCGUCGCCUGGUGGACGAGGAGGGCUUGAUCCACCCGGACAUCUUCUACAUCUACCUGACGGUGUGGGUGAGCAACGACCCGCUGGGCUACGCCGCCUCCCAGGCGAACUUCUACCCACACCCCCGCGAGUGGAUCCACGACAAAUACGACACCACUGGGGAGAACCUGCGCAUCCCGGCCGCCGAGCCCCUGGAGUUCGCCCAGUUCCCGUUCUACCUGAACGGCCUGCGGCAGACCUCCGACUUCAUCGAGGCCAUCGAGAGCGUGCGAGCCAUCUGCGAGGAGUUCUCCCGCAAGGGCGUCCCCAACUACCCCAACGGCUACCCCUUCCUGUUCUGGGAGCAGUACAUCGGCCUGCGCCACUGGUUCCUGCUGGCCGUCAGCGUGGUGCUGGCCUGCACCUUCCUGGUGUGCGCCGUCCUCCUGCUCAACCCCUGGACCGCCGGAGUCAUUGUCUUCAUCCUGGCCAUGAUGACGGUGGAGCUGUUCGGCAUCAUGGGCCUCAUCGGCAUCAAGCUGAGCGCCAUCCCCGUGGUCAUCCUCAUCGCCUCCGUGGGCAUCGGCGUGGAGUUCACCGUCCACGUGGCACUGGGCUUCCUGACGGCCAUCGGGAACAGGAACCUGCGCUCGGCGGUGGCCCUGGAGCACAUGUUCGCCCCUGUGAUGGACGGGGCCAUCUCCACGCUCCUGGGGGUGCUCAUGCUGGCUGGCUCCGAGUUCGACUUCAUCAUGAGGUACUUCUUCGCCGUCCUCGCCAUCCUGACAGUGCUGGGCGUCCUCAACGGGCUGGUCCUGCUGCCCGUCCUGCUGUCCAUCAUGGGGCCACCCGCCGAGGUCACACCCGCCGACAACGGCAGCCGCUUGCCCACGCCGUCGCCGGAGCCCCUCCCCCCACCCAUGAACCACCACGGCUACUACGGCGGCCACUACCCGCGGGGCCCGCGCCACCACGCCUUCUCGGAGUCCUCGGACUCGGAGUACUACUCCGAGACCACCACCACGUCGGGCCUGGGGGAGGAGUACAAGUAUUGCGACCGCAGCGCCUACAUUGCACCCCCUGCCCCCGCGCCCGCCUCCCACAUCCUGCUGGAGGCUAGCAAGAACCCCAGUUUCCCUAAACUCACGGUGGUUAAGCCAUACAGUGAAAGCCCGGAUCUCCCCACCAGGAAAGAACAUCUCAACGGAUCGGGUCAACCCGCUGUCACCUCGGUCAGCUCUCAAAUUGCCCGAUGGGAUAACAAACAGGAUUACGCCCAAGACCAGGGACCCAAGAGGCAACAUUUACCCAGCGACAGACCCCAGGGUCCUGGCAGGACUAAUCACUGUGGCCCCAGGUCUCAGUAUAGCAGUAGGCCGCAUCCAAACAGGACUACGAUGCCGGUCUACAAUGCCGGAACCAGAGUUCAGGGGCCUAGUAGUGCUGUCACUAUGGUUACCGCCACUGCCUCUGUGACAGUGGCAGUGCACCCCAGCUUGCCGGGGUCUUACAGGGGGUACACACAUGAGGGAUUUGAAGACAGCGAAUCAGACUGUUUUGAGGACAUGAUGGGGAUGUCGCAAACUCAUGGGAAAACUACCGAGUCUUCCAAGAGGGGCACCUUGGAGCUCCAAGACCUGGAAUGUGACGAAAAGAAGCAGCAUCCAGCUGAUCAGGCUCAAGGUGGCCCACGGAACCAGGCAGCCAAAGACCGCUAGACCCCAUCCGUCUGGAAUCCAUCUCUGGCUGUUGGUUGGCCGUCCUGAUCCCCAACUCUAUCUCUAUGAACUGUAAAUAGACCUCAC